AAUAGAUUUUUAUUUAUGAAAAAAGCCAAUUAUAACCUGAUUUUUUCAUCAUAUUUUACUAACUAUACGGAAGAUACAAACAUUUUUCCUUUCAUAUUUGGAAAAAAUGAAAAAAAAACAUAUUCUUUUUUUAUUUUUAUUAUAUAAUCUGCUCAAAUGCGUUUUGUUGACUGUCAAAUCCAUUUAAUAUAAAUUGGACCUAAGAGUUUUUCAGGAAAAAAUUCUGAACAAGUAGGCCACUAGCAAGUAUUUCCCGAAUUCCCAUAUAAGUAGACAAAAUUACCAACUUAUCCCUUAAAAGUUGAAACUUGAAUUAUUUGAACAUUUCAUUUUGUCCCUCCCGCCAACAUUUCAUUUUUUACCCCCUCACUUUUCUUCCUCUGAACCAAAGCUCUUUAUACAUCUCUCUCUUUCCAUCUCAUCUAGUAACUCUUUUCACCACAACAACGAUCGGGCUACAAAGCACAAAGUAUUGAUGGAUCCAUAUACUCAAUUCAUGGAUGAGGACAGUAAGGUGGCCGAGACUGGAUCUGAUGAUGGUAAAAUAUGGAACGAUAAAUUUGAAGAAUACUUUAUAAUGUUAAUGGAAGAGGAAAAAAAGAAAGGAAAUCGAAAAACAACCACGUUUUAUCCCAAAGGUUGGAAAGCCAUAGAAGAGGGGAUGAAAAGGUUGACGUGUAGGGAUUACACGAGACAACAAUUAAGGAAUAAAUUCUAUCAAUUGAGAGACAGAUACAAGUCCUAUAAGGAAUUUUUAUCCAACAUUGGUUCAUCAUGGGACUCUAAAUCUGGGCAGGUGACGCUCACUGAGGCUCAAUGGGAGAAGAUGUACAAGGAAGUCAAGAAUGCUAAGCGGCUUCAGAGAAAAGGAUGCAAACACUACGACUUGCUUUCCGAUUUGUUUGAUGGCACGUCUGCCUCUAAUGCUCUUGAUUCUCUUAGUACGGACAGUGAAGACGACUUCCUAGAGGCAAUGUGUAAUGUCAUGAACGUAUUUGGUGAUUAUUGGAGGAGGGCUGAAGCAAUAGAGAAGGUUGUUGAAUCUGAUGUUUAUGGAAGAACAAGUGGUGGUGUAGAAGUUGAUGAGGACAUGACUAGAGUUGAGGCCUUCGUGGCGGCGUUGGAUAGCAUGGAAGGCCUUGAUAGCGAUCGUUAUUUCAAGGCCUUAACUAUGUUUUGUGACGAUGCCUUGUGGAGGAAAAUGUUUCUUGGGCUUGAUGAUGAGAGAAAGAGGGGCUUGAUAUGGAGUCUGUGAUUUCAUUGCUGUUUGCUUAUGUGAUGAACAAUAUUUUUGUAUAUGCUUAUAACAUUAUGGUGGUCUGUUUUUGUAUAUGCUUAUAACAUUAUGGUGGUUUUAGACUUAUUAUGGUGAUAUUAAUGAGUAGACAUGUUUUUAACUCGUGUUA